CGCGGGAGUCAAGGCCAGGCUUUGUCCGCUGCAGGCUGUGCGCCCCGAGCCGAGCCCGCCUUCUCCAGGGGACGCUCGGGAGCGAGCGCGGAGGGCCGAGGGCGCCCGCCACCAGGCUGGAGGACCGGCCCGACGGUGGGGGCGGGGAGCGGCUGCGCGGGCUUGCGAGUGUGUCAGGGCGCGUGUGCGUGUGCGCGUGCGUGUGCGCGUGCGUGUGUGUAUUUAUCUGUGUCUGUGUGUCUGCGUGAGUGUAUGUAUUUGUGUGUGUGUCUGUGUGUGUGUGUGUGUGCGCGCGCGCGCGUGUGUGUACGCCUGGCGCCUGGCCAACGUGAUUUCCCAUAAACCACAUGCCCCACAGCUUAAAAGGCUGUGCCGAGCGCGGAGCUAGCCAGCUCAGCCGGGCUGGGGAAAGUGAAAGUUUGCCGGGGUUCUGUCGCCGGGCGCCGCGCCUCCCCACUCACUCCCGGGCUGCAGCGCGGCUGGCUCUCGGCCGCCGGGGCGCCGACUCUGCAGCGGCCAGCGAGCGAAGAGGGCGGCCGACGCGCCGGGCCGGGACCCAGCUGCCCGUAUGACCGCGCGGGGCGCCGCCGGGCGCUGCCCUCCGACGACAUGGUUGGGCCCCUGGCUGCUGCUGGCCUGUCUCCUGGUGAGCAGGAGUGCUGCCGAAGAGGUGUCGGAGAACUGUAGCCACAUGAUUGGGAAUGGCCACCUGAAGAUCCUGCAGCAGUUGAUUGACAGUCAGAUGGAGACCUCGUGCCAGAUUGCCUUUGAGUUCGUGGACCCAGAGCAGUUGAAAGAUCCUGUGUGCUACCUUAAGAAGGCAUUUCUCCUGGUGCGAGACAUAAUGGAGGACACCUUGCGUUUCAGAGACAAUACCCCCAAUGCCAUCACCAUCAUACAGCUCCAGGAGCUAUCCCUAAAUCUCAAGAGCUGCUUCACCAAGGACUAUGAAGAGCAGGACAAGGCCUGCGUCCGAACUUUCAAUGAGACACCCCUCCAGCUCCUGGAAAAGAUCAAGAAUGUUUUUAACCAAACAAAGACUCUCCUUAAAAAGGACUGGAAUAUUUUCAGCAAGAACUGCAAUGACAGCUUUGCUAAGUGCUCCAGCCAAGAUGUGGUGACCAAGCCUGAUUGCAACUGCCUGUACCCCAAAGCCACCCCUAGCGGUGACCUGGCCUCUGUCUCCCCUCAGCAGACCAUUGCCCCUUCCAAGGCCCAAGUGGCUGGCUUGACCUGGUCUGGCUCUGAGGGGGUAGAGGACAGCUCCCUCUUGCCUGACAAGCAGCCCCUUCACAGAGUGGAUGCAGGCAGUGCCAAGCAGCGACCCCCCAGAAGCACCUGCCAGAGCUUUGAGACGCUGGAACCCUCAGGGGUCAAAGGCAGCCCCACUGGAGCCGUGCUUCCACCUCAGCUUUCUGCCACCGAGGCCCCCACUCCUGGGAUGGAGGACGCUCUUAUCUCGGAGCUGACUACUAACUGGGCCCCAGAAGAGGCCUCCGGAGAGGCCAGUGAGGGCUCAGUGCUUGUAGGUGCAGAGCUGUCCUUCUCCAGGAUGAGAGAAGGCAGCACCCAGGCAGAGGGCGCCAGCGCUGGGGCCCCUUCAGCAUCACCUACACUCCUGGAAGCAGCCAUGGGUUCAUGGCCAGUGGACAGAACAGGCACCUCCUUGCCCAUGGAUGGCCCUUCGAGACCCUCUGGCCAGGCCUGGCGUCACAUACCCAGGAAGAAAGGCCGCGCCUCUGCUUCACUCGGGGACCCCCAGGAUUCUUCCCGGAUCCCGGCACUGUACCUCCCAGGCCUCAGCAGUCCCUCCACCCUCUCUGCCCAACCAGGCCUCCCCAAAGGCCAUUCUUGGGGCAACAUGCUGCCCUUGAGGGAGCUGGAGGGCAAGAGGAGCACCAGGGACAGAAGGAGCUCCCCAGAUCUGGAAGGAGGACAAGCAAGUGAGGGGGCAGCCAGGCCUCCCACCCGCUUUAACAUGGUUCCUUUGACUGACACAGGCCAUAACAGCCAGCGCUCCAACCCCCAGCUCCCUGGAUUUGUUUUCCACCUGCUGGUGCCCAGCAUCAUCUUGGUCCUGCUGGCCGUCGGCGGCCUCCUCUUCUACCGGUGGAAGCAGCGGAGCCAUCGAAAGCCUCAGACAGUGGAUUCCCCCAUGGAGCAGCCUGAGGGCAGCCCACUGACCCAAGAUGAAGACAGACAGGUGGAGCUGCCAGUCUAGAGGGCAUGCUAAGCUGGAUGCACAGGACAGUCUCUCUGUGGCAGAAGACAUCGUGGGGGUGUCCACCACCACCCUUCCCUGGCUGAUCUCCUGGGAAUGUGGCCAGCCCACCAUCAGGACUCAACAGCACGGCCGGACUGGGAUCCCUCUGCCCUCAAGCCUCAAACUCUGGACUUACAGAAGGCUGGAGGAGGCCCCCCCCUUUGCUACUGAUGUUUAUCGUGAGCCCUGGAGGCUCUCAAGUGCUUGAGGGAGGCUGGCAAGUCAAGCCAAGGACCUUCUGCUCCUUUGCCUCUCUGGAGCUGCGUUCUGUUCCCCUAAACCUUCCAGACCCACCCCAGGACUUGGGACCUGGAGGUCCGUGGACUGUGGGAGAGCAGGAAGGACACCAAGGAACAAAAAAGCCCUUGCACUCAGAGGACCUGCCUGGUGCCAAGGAAUCCGAGCACCAACGAGCAGGGACUUGUCUCUGGAGAGAGAAGCAGGGCGGGAUGGCGCUGGCUGCUUUUCCCGUAAAGUACAGCCCAGUGAGAUGGCCUCUGGGCCUUUUAUUCUUAACCUUCAGCCCAGAAGGGUCCCUACUCAGCAGUGCUCUCUGCUGACCACCUGGUGGAGAGGGGAGGCCAGGCCUGGCCUCUGGACUUGCCCGACCUGGCCUGUGAUGCCAAGAGGAUGCCCAUGCUCUAGCCUCAGCCCCCCGCCUUCCCUCCAGCCCUGUCAGAGCUCCUCGUGGAGGCUGUGCGGAGGCUCCCCUCAUGAAGGAAGCCAGCCAUUGCACUGUGAAUACUGAACCUGCCUGCUGAACAUUUGGGGAGCCCACAUCCUCCCAGCGCCCCCUGCCUCUCCCCAGCUUCCCACACUGAGAGCCCCAGCCAGCCCUGCCUGCAGCCAAGGUCAACUGAGGAAGCCUCUAAGCCUUGACCUUCUGCCAACCUGGCAGUGACUCUAGGGGUGGACAGUGGAUGGGAAGACCGGUGGAGUCACCAGCCAGAGCUGGGCUCUCGGCUGCAUGGUGUGGUUCAGCCAGAUUUCUGCAUCUUGCACUUUGACAUUCCCAGGAGGUAAGGGACUCGUGGAAGGAAGGAUGGGACAGGCAGCAAGGGAGGGUGAAGAUGAGCUUCACCAGAAAGUGGGUCUUUCACAUCUGUGGUGUGCCCUUGAGGUUGGGGGAGGCACCUGUACCCCUGGUCCCCACCUCCUUCCCAUUCAGGGCCUCUGGCCCACACAGAGCUGCAGGGUUGCUGCCAGUGGUACCUGAGCUGUCCCUCUCCAGAGCCCCAUGGCAAAGCAGGAGCUCUGUCUUCUCAACCUGCCCCCUACUCCAGGGGGCAGUAGUGCCUCCAGCUGUCAUCCAGUUCCCACCCUGGGUGGAAGAGGUACCAGGAGAGGACAAGCAUCUGUUCCCAGGCCUGCCUUAAGGGCCUCAACUUCCUGGGCCAGUCCAUAACUACCAGGAGGGCAGGGUACCAACCAUCCUUGGUCCCUUUGUGCUGCUGUGUCCCUUUUCUCCUGUUGCCCCAGAACCCCCACUAAGAGGUCCUACUCUAUUUUCCUGCCCUUGAAAGUGAGCUCCACCAGCCCCUCUGUCUCCUGAGAGCCUGCUGCCAGGCUCCUAGCCAGAGGCUCUCCUGAACUAAGAAAUGCGCAGAGACAAGAGGAAGGAAAGGAAAAAAGGCAUUACCUCCCCGUACCCACCCCUAAACAUAUUGUAUUUUUAAAGUCAAGAAUGCAAACCCUACCCGUUGCAAAUGCUCUGUGUGAGCACUGCGUGACAUGGGAGUGGCGGGAGCUCCCAGGGUCCAAUCUGAGUGCUUCCCCCCAGCUCCCCAAACAGGAAUCCCUUCUUUUCUCUGAGAAAGCCGAGAAGGAACAUUGACUCACACACUGUGAGAUUUUGUUUUUAUACUUGGAAGUGAUGAAUUAUUUUAUAUAAAGUCAUUUAAAUAUCUAUUUAAAAAUAGGAAGCUGCUUAUAUAUUUAAUAAUAAAAGAAGUGCACAAGCUGC